GGCAAGUUAAGUAGAGGGCUACAUCAGCUAGAAAGUAGAAGGUCAGCUAGCUAGUUGCGAUUUACAGUAUGGCGUGUGCACAACAAGUGAGAACGUCACAGAGCACUCAGCUGUUUCCUAAUCAGAUUGUCUCGGAGCAGCAGUCAUUGGUUGUUAUGAAGAAGCUUCUAGCCAUUGCAGUGUCUGGCAUCACAUACCUCAGGGGCAUUUUCCCGGGGAAAGCCUACGGGAGAAAAUAUGUGGAAGAUCAGCAAGUGAUGAUCCUCAGAGAGGAACACAGCUGUCCUGGUGCCACUCAGAUUCUUCAGUGGAUGCAAGGAUGUUUUGAUGCCAUCGAAAAGAAAUACCUUCGGACAGUCAUUAUAUCUAUUUAUACCGACCCAGAGAACCCACAGAAAGUGACAGAGUUUUACCACUUUAGGAUCCAGUACUCUGCAGCAGGGGCACACAUGGAUUUUGAAAGCAAUAACAACAUCAAAGUCUCAUCAAUGUCAUGUGGAAACACCAGGAAAGCCAUCAUCCUGCUGGUGAGGAAGCUCUACACUGUGAUGCAGUACCUGGGCCCUCUGCCAGAAAAUGUCUACCUCAACAUGAAGCUGGCUUACUAUGACGAUGUUACUCCUCAGGCAUACCAACCACCUGGCUUUAGGGAGGCUGACUGUGACACUAUGGAGUUUGAACAGGAACCUGUCAAACUGACAAUGGGGGAGGUGGUCAGCCCCUACCAUACCUUAAAGUUUGACAUGGCCACAGAAAGACACAGGCUAGAGCAGGUGGAGGAAAAGUGGGUCUUGAAGAUAGAUGAAGAGGAUGCCAUCACCCAGAGUGAAGACCCUAAAUGUGUGGAGGAGGCUCAAAAGGAGAACACAAUCCUGGAGAACACUGAGGUGCAGGUGAGCUGUCAUGAGGAGACCAAUACUUGUGAGGAAGUCACAGAGAUGGACACUCUGGUGAAAAAGACUUCUUAUAUGGAGGUGGGGACGAAAAGGACCAGGAGUGCAAGGAUCAUCAAGCCAACUAUGGCUUCUCAGUUUCCCACCAGUCAGGAAACGCCGUCCACUGACUUGCCUAAGAAGAAACGUAAGUUUAGCGAGCCUAAAGAACGCUACUGACAUCACAGCCUACUGUUAAUCCAGCAGUGAUGUUUUUUCUUUUUUGAAUUUCGAUUUUGAUCACAAGUUCUACAGUUUGAUUUUUAGAACAUGUUACUGACUUUUUUUGGCGAUGUUUCAGAAACAUUUUGAGGUUUUGCCAUUACUGUCCGAUGGUUAGGUUUGUUGUUUGAAUGACAUAGUGAUCUGAAAUACAUUGUUAAAUGAUGUUCAUCAGUAAUGUUGGAAUACCUAUGCCCAAAACAGUGUUUUUACUUUUUAAUGGUUGUUUGUUUUAUUUUAACCAUU